UUGAUGCCUAAGAAGAUGAUAAUCACACAGAUGAGUCACUUCUACAUGACCAGUCUUGGGUUUCUCUUCCUGAUUAAUAUUCUCCCUGGAACAGCUGGCCAAGGGGAAUCAAGACGACAAGAACCUGGGGAAUUUGUGAAGCAGGAUAUUGGCGGACUCUCUCCCAAGCAUGCCCCAGAUAUUCCUGAUGACAGCACUGACAACAUCACUAUCUUCACAAGAAUCUUGGAUCGUCUUCUGGAUGGCUAUGACAACCGGCUGCGACCUGGGCUUGGAGAUGCAGUAACUGAAGUGAAGACUGAUAUCUAUGUGACCAGUUUUGGCCCUGUGUCAGACACUGACAUGGAGUACACCAUUGAUGUAUUUUUUCGACAGACAUGGCAUGAUGAAAGAUUGAAAUUUGAUGGACCCAUGAAGAUCCUUCCACUGAACAAUCUUCUGGCUAGUAAGAUCUGGACCCCUGACACAUUCUUUCACAAUGGCAAGAAAUCAGUGGCCCAUAACAUGACCACACCUAACAAGUUGCUCAGACUGGUGGACAAUGGAACCCUCCUCUACACAAUGAGGUUAACAAUUCAUGCUGAGUGUCCUAUGCAUUUGGAAGAUUUUCCCAUGGAUGUACAUGCCUGCCCACUGAAGUUUGGAAGCUAUGCCUAUACAACAGCCGAAGUGGUUUAUUCUUGGACUCUUGGGAAGAACAAAUCUGUGGAAGUAGCACAGGAUGGCUCUCGCCUAAAUCAGUAUGACUUGCUGGGCCAUGUUGUUGGGACAGAGAUCAUCCGCUCUAGUACAGGAGAAUAUGUCGUCAUGACGACCCACUUUCAUCUCAAGCGAAAAAUUGGCUACUUUGUGAUCCAGACCUACUUGCCAUGUAUCAUGACUGUCAUUCUGUCACAAGUGUCUUUCUGGCUCAACAGAGAGUCUGUUCCUGCCCGCACGGUCUUUGGUGUCACCACUGUUCUGACCAUGACCACCCUGAGUAUCAGUGCCAGAAACUCCUUACCUAAAGUGGCAUACGCGACGGCCAUGGAUUGGUUCAUAGCCGUCUGUUAUGCCUUUGUAUUUUCUGCACUGAUUGAAUUUGCCACUGUCAACUACUUCACCAAGCGGAGCUGGGCUUGGGAAGGCAAGAAGGUGCCAGAGGCCCUGGAGAUGAAGAAGAAAACACCAGCAGCCCCGACAAAGAAAACCAGCACCACCUUCAACAUCGUGGGAACCACCUAUCCCAUCAACCUGGCUAAGGAUACUGAGUUCUCCUCCAUCUCCAAGGGCGCUGCUUCCAGUGCUUCCUCAACCCCGACAAUCAUUGCUUCACCCAAGACCACCUACGUGCAGGACAUCCCAACUGAGACCAAGACCUACAACAGUGUCAGCAAAGUUGACAAAAUUUCCCGCAUCAUCUUUCCUGUGCUCUUUGCCAUUUUCAAUCUGGUCUAUUGGGCCACAUAUGUCAACCGGGAGUCAGCUAUCAAGGGCAUGAUCCGCAAACAGUAG